UGUUCCUGGUUCUGUGGGAAUGUGAGCUUUCCCCCACUCUGUAAACAGCUGGUGACUCAUUGCAUAACUAUGGCACUGAAGGGAUGCAUAUGCUAAGACAUGCUGUGCGUGUGUGCAUACCCAAGGAUAGGGAGGAACGGUUUCCACUCGGCUUCCCCUCGGAAAGGGUUCCUGGAGAGAGACCCGGCGGCCUGCGCCUGCAGGUGCCACCUUCCUCCGAGGAGCGGCCCCGGCCCUGAAGGGGCUUCCGGGGCAUCUGGCCACCAGGUCCAAACAUGAGGGCAGGAGAGGGCAGCUGUAAAGGAACGAACAAGGGCCUGGGGAAAGCUCUUCAAGUCCAAGUUGCAAUUUCUGAGCAGUUCUGUCCAGGAGAUUGUGCCCAGGUUAUGACGACUAAUCCAAAACCAAACAAAGCAUUUAAGGUCAAGGAGGAGUCGGGAGAAAACGCCCCGGUGCUGAGCGAUGACGAACUCGUGUCGAUGUCCGUGCGGGAGCUGAACCAGCACCUGCGAGGUCUCACGAAAGAGGAGGUGAUUCGCUUGAAGCAACGGCGGCGCACACUCAAGAACCGGGGCUACGCGGCCAGCUGCCGGAUCAAGCGGGUGACCCAGAAGGAGGAGCUGGAGCGGCAGCGGGCAGACCUCCAGCAAGAGGUGGAGAAGCUCGCCCGGGAAAACAGCAGCAUGAAACUGGAGCUGGACGCCUUGCGCUCCAAGUACGAAGCCCUGCAGACCUUUGCGCGCACCGUGGCCCGGGGCCCCAUCACCCCCACCAAAGUCGCCACCACCAGCGUCAUCACCAUCGUGAAGUCGGCCGAAAUCUCCUCCGGCUCCGUGCCGUUUUCUGCGGCCUCCGAAUGUCCCAGGAGAGAGAGCUCGCUGCCUUGUUAGAACGGAGGAUUUUUGUAGAGCCCGCCUUUCUUUUGGACCAGAAGUCUGUCCGUCUUUUCCCAAAAACCAUGCCGCGGGGGACUCUAUGAAGGGGAAACGAACUGGCUGCUUUACCUCUUUCUCAGUAAGCCCUUUGGGGCCGAAAUUGGAAUUCCAUACCUAGACGCAGACGCCCAAUGAGGGGUCUUGCGCGGCCCCUCCUUGUGGUCACUCUCGAGUCCCACUAGCUCCCCAACUGAUGGAAGAUAUCAAGGGAAUGUGGUUUUUUUUUAAUGAAAAUAAACAGAAUGGAUAACAUGGUAGAAUCAUUAGGCCUGAUGAAAAAAUGGAGGGAAAUCGUCUCUUCCUGUAGGCAGGAAGAAAAGCAGCCCCAUCAUAGCUAUCUUGAUAGGUUGUGGGUGAUAAAGACUCUGGAAGAGGUGGUGCAUCCAGGUUUAAUAGCAUACGGUCUUUUCUCUCCAGAUAUGGACAGCCUACAUCAGUGAAUUUCCACCUUGGUUGCUGGUCCCUGACGCUGCUCUGUCCCUGCGGGGGCUCUCUCUGGUCCCCUGUCCCAGCAAAACGGAACAGCAUCUACAAUGCAAAAAUCUCACUUAAGCUGCUUCCCCAUCAUGUGCCUGUGAACUGGGUUUCCUUUCUAAUGUGGUCGUGUUGCUUCCAAACAAUACAUUUUGGUCCGUGUAAUCCAGGUUCUGCGGUAUUGCAGGGAAAAGGGAAUGGGAAACUUAACGAAGAACAUGCAGCGUGGGGCUAGACCUGGUGGCUAGGUUGUGGGGAAAAAAAAAGAUAGUUUACUAGAAGAGGAACUGUUAUGGUGAAGGAUCGUGCUGAAAAAGAUGCCUUUGAAUCAGCACGACUUACUCAACCUGAAAGGCUUAUCGAUCAAAGACAUGUCGGGAGUUUUUUUUUUUUAUUUUGCAAGGAAGCUGCAAAAAGAAAUACAAAUUCAACCCACAGCCUUAUCUAUAAUAUUUCUGCUGCCACAACCCCCUUGUUUUGGUGCUCUUUAACGUCAAGAGGUGUCAAAAGUGUAUGCACAGUAAAAAAAGCAGAGUUACAUUAGGUCUAAAUAUCUGCAGGGAAAUGGGCUCCUCGAGAUAACUCUCACCAAACCGGAAGACACGAAUUAUGCAGAGGAACACAGAGAAGUUUAAAAGUUGGCAUUUUCUGAGAAAAGCUAAAUUGGGAUGUGGGUCAUGGGGUUCCAAGAAACAGGAAAAGUCAGAGCUCGUCAACUUGGCGAUAAGAAGGGACGUAGGCCGCUGCUGGUAUGUCUGCAAAAGAUGAGGUGUGCAUGUGGAAGGGCAACGUGUCUGAGUUUGCCCAGAUUUCAGAAGAUUGUUCUUACAGAGAGCAGAGAAGAGGUAAAGCCGUUUUUUUUGUUUUGUUUU